AUGGCGUCGAGAAGAACCAGAAGGAACCAGAAGGAACCAGAAGGAACCAGAAGGAACCAGAAGGAACCAGAAGGAACCAGAAGGAACCAGAAGGAACCAGAAGGAACCAGAAGGAACCAGAAGGAACCAGAAGGAACCAGAAGGAACCAGAAGGAACCAGAAGGAACCAGAAGGAAUCAGAAGGAACCAGAAGAACCAGAAGAACCAGAAGAACCAGAAGAAAAAGAAGAAAAAGAAGAACCAGAAGAACCAGAAGAACCAGAUGAACCAGAAGAACCAGAAGAACCAGAAGAACCAGAAGAACCAGAAGAACCAGAAGAACCAGAAGAACCAGAAGAACCAGAAGAACCAGAAGAACCAGAAGAACCAGAAGAACCAGAAGAACCAGAAGAACCAGAAGAACCAGAAGAACCAAAAGAACCAGAAGAACCAGAAGAACCAGAAGAACCAGAAGAACCAGAAGAACCAGAAGAACCAGAAGAACCAGAAGAACCAGAAGAACCAGAAGAACCAGAAGAACCAGAAGAACCAGAAGAACCAGAAGAACCAGAAGAACCAGAAGAACCAGAAGAACCAGAAGAACCAGAAGAACCAGAAGAACCAAAAGAACCAAAAGAACCAGAAGAACCAGAAGAACCAGAAGAACCAGAAGAACCAGAGGAACUAGAAGUACCAGAAGAACCAGAAGAACCAGAAGAACCAGAAGAACCAGAAAAAAAAACAGAAAAACCUGAAAAACCCGAAGAACCUGAAGAACCAGAAGAUUCAGAAUACUUCGUCUGGGAACUGUACGGAAGCAAGCUUAACUGCUCCUAG